AUGAAGGCCCUAUUCUGGCUUCAUGCAUUUUCUGUUUGGGCGCAAGAAUGCUCAUCAGGAGUCAAGGACCUAACAAUGACUCCUGGAUCUAUAGGUGAAGAUGUCACAAGAGCUACCUUUGGGAAAGUCUGGGGCGAAAUAUCUUCUUGGAAUAGCAAAUAUGAAGAACGAGAUUUUUUUCUACGCUAUGCUUAUGCAGAAACAAAUUUUGGUAUCGUCCAACAUCAUCAUGUCCAGCAGAUUUGGUCAAUAGACGAAGCGCAAUUCAACACUACAAAGACUGUUGCUCUCAAAAGCACUGUCUCAGGCAAAUUCAAUGUCGACUGGGAUAAGCUCGAAUACGAUGAAAUGACAGUGCCGACCUACUCCAUGCUUGCGCUUUUUCUUUACCUUGAGCAUCUUAAUGAGUUUCCGAUUCCCUUCUCCAUCGAUGCACAAGCUGCUAUCUAUGAAUCGAUCACUCAUCACACCGUUGACGGCUUCAAGGACGCAACGGACGAGCUCGACCAGAUCACCGAAAAUGAGUGCUUGACAAAAGCCCUGGAUAUCGUUUUCGUCGUCGAUGAGUCUGGUUCAAUAGGAGCUGCAAACUUUCAACUUAUCAGGGAAUUUCUGGAAGACUACGCCAAAGACAGCAACCUUGCUGACGAUGCCGCUCGUAUAGCUAUUCGACCGUUUUCCAGCUCAAACUAUCUUUACUUUUCGUUAAAUGAUUUCAAAACAAAAAAUAUCAUCAACGAAAUAAAAAACAUGCCUUACAACGGUGGCGGAACAAAUACUGCUAUUGCACUUGAUGCUGCGCUCACCGACUACGGAACUGAUCGACCAGAAUCGGUGAAAUUUAUGGUCACAAUUACUGAUGGUGCCAGCAGCUCAUUUUCAGCGACGAAGGCAGCUGCUGACAGGGUCAAAGCAGAUUCAAGAAAUAUUCAAUCGUUUGCAAUUGGAGUCGCUGGAGCAAAUUACGCUGAGUUAGAAGCUAUUGCUACCUCGAGAGAUCACAUUAACAUGCUUGAUGGAUGGGCAGACUUUGAGCCUAUCAAGAAGAAUCUUUUCAGCAAGAUCUGCACUGGUAAUAUUGAGAACAACAAUGGCGGGGACACGCAAGUCGGAGGUAGUACUGGAAAUCCGGGAAAAAUUAUCUUGAAAAUUGGGAUGAGUGGAAAAGACAACUAUGACUUUAAAGCUGACGGUCCACUUACAUUUUUCUACCAUCGAACUAAUCCGCAGCCAGGACCAGCUGCGUUUGAAAAAACUUUCAACGUAACGUCAAGCGACAUAAACAAAUGGAUCAACCACAAUGUCGGCCCCGGCCACACCUUCGUCUACUUAUCCGCGUACAACUAUCGACCUUCAAAAGCUCUCGUCUCUCUAAAAAUCAAUAGCGGUGGAUCUUCCGGGCCUGUCGAGCCAGAUCCAGUUCUCUGUCCUCCAAACUCACAUUGCAUUGCUGGAGCUUGCGAAUGCUUUCCUCAAUAUUCACCGGACGAUGGUGGAAACUGCGUUUUCGAUCGAUGCGCUUCUGUCGAUUGCUUUAAUGGAUAUGAGUGUGCUCCUGCUACUGGAACAUGCUUCUGCCCGGAUGAUCAUUUGGAACUAGAUGGACAUUGCUACGCUGCCAGUUGUCCGGAUUCUCCUGUUCAAGUUCAUGAGAAUGAAUUCGGCUAUGCAAUGGGUGAACUGAGCUCUCCUUGGCGAGAGCAUGGAGUGGACUAUCCUAGCGAUUUUGACUGUACUUAUGAGUUUGAGACUGUCCGAGCUGAAGGUAGUUGCUACGAAGUUCUUUUAGAAAGCUCUUUUGGAGUCGAAGCUUCAGCGAAUUGUGGAAAUGAUCGACUCGAAAUUUACGAUGUCAUCAAUGCUGAUCAAGUAAAUAUGGAUCACUCUGCAACUCGACCUGCCGGGGCGGCUGUAAUGUGCGGCGACGCAUGCGUUGCGGAAGGCGGCUGGGUUGGAAAAGUCUGCGGAGACAAACUCAAAAUCCGAUUCAAGUCUGAUCACAUUGUAGAGGAUAUCGGCUGGCGACUCAAAUGGGUUCUUCGACCUAAGGAAGAAUGCGACUGUCUCUGUAACCGACCUUGA